AAUCCCAAUUUCUUACAUUAUAAAAGAGUAAAGAACAAUAUUCUUCUGGCGCCUUCUGCACAGUUCUGCGUGUUCAAACACCUCCUUCAUCAUAAUUUUCUUCUUCUUCUCCUUAUUUUUUUUACCCAGCAAACACACACGCUCUGUGUAUAAAGCUGAUACCUUUGUUGUGGAAAUAACCUCACAAUCUCAAAGGGUGUGUAUUUCAUGGAGGACCAGAACCUUACACUCAUUCAGUCUCUGAAUUCAUCACCCAUUACAAACGAGGAAGUGAUGCACACCGUUUCCGACAACAACAAUAGCAACAACGCCGUACCAGAUGCUGUCGGACUUGAUUCUGCCUCGGACACGGUGGCAAAGUCCGAGGCUGUUGGUUCGGGACAGCCUGUGAAGAGGGGAAGGGGGAGGCCUCGGAAGUACGAUGGUGAUGGGAAAAUCUUGUCUCUGAAGUCGGAGCCACCAGCCAUUUCCACUUACCCUUUUGGAAGUUCUGUCAAGAGAAGUCGAGGACGGCCUCCUGGUUCCGGAAAACUGCAGAUUCUGGCUUCCAUUGGUGGGUUUGUUGCAGAAACAGCUGGGGGAAGCUUCACACCUCAUGUGCUAGUUGUGGACCCUGGAGAUGAUGUAGUAAGCAUGAUAUUAUCAUUUUUUCAGAAAGGGCCUCUUGCAGUUUGCAUACUUUCUGCCACCGGUGCUGUAUCAAGUGUCAGUAUUCGCCAAGCAGGUGUUGCUGGUGGUGUUUUGAGCUAUGAGGGCCUCUUUGAGAUUUUAACUUUAUCGGGAUCAUGUACCUACACUAGUGGCACUGGUGGUACACAUCUUAAAAAUGGCAUGUUGAGUGUUUCAUUGGCUAAACCUGAUGGGAGGGUUUUUGGAGGUGGCAUUGAUAGCUCAUUGAUAGCUGCUGGCCCUAUUCAACUUGUUAUGGCCACUUUCAAGCAAAACAUAAGUAAGCAAAUCAAGAGAAGGUGCUUAUCUGGAUCUUCUACUGCUCCCAAUAUGCCGGGUAAUCCAGAUUCAGUGAGGGUCGACCUGAAAGUUCCUAAGUUGAUUGAAGGUGAACGGAGUUUCCCUUCACCAACAUCAGGACUUAGGCCAACAGCAACAACUAAUGUAGAACCAGAUCAUGUCAUUCCAGCAACAACUAAUGAAUUAGCAGAUAAUGUUAUUCCACCAACAACUAAUGAAGUGCCUGAUAAUGUCAUUGCUGCAACAACUAAUGAAGUGUCAGAUAAUAUCAUUGCUGCAGAUAACGAUAUGCACUCUGCCUCUGUUAAUUGUGGUGGUGACAUGAACUGCCAGACCCUGAAGCCCAUCAAAGACCAAAGAAUGUCUGAAUAUGUCGAUGCCAGUGUCCCUCAGAUAUAAAAUUUUCUAUUAUAGUCUCUUUCAAGCUUUCAGUAUGGGGAGCAAAUUUAUUUUUUCUUGCCUAUGUUAGGGGCAAAAUUUUUCUAGUGUCUGACUUUAAAAGUUGUUCAUCUAGUUUUCGUAGGUGAAAGAUAAAUCAUUAGUGAUCACAGUAAUAGAAAAGGAAAUAAUUGCAGAUGCUGUAAUUGGAUUUAUUUUAUUUUCCUUUUUGACUAUUAUGUUCCUUGUUUUAAUU